AUGUCAAUCAAACUCGGGUUCCUGCCUGACCUAAAAAGCGCACGACAUGUGAUUCAUCUCUCCGACGACAAGCGACUGGUCCUUUUCCGCUUGCCAUCAAUCGAGCCUGCAAAAUCCAAGACCAAAGCAGCCAAUGAGGCGGAAAAUGGCUGGUCGUUUUAUGCCAUGGAGGCGGAGUGUCCGCACGCCGGUGGUCCAAUGGAGGAUUCGCAGGUGGAUAUUGAGGAUUCCGCGUAUAUCGUCUCGUGUCCGUGGCAUGCGUAUGAUUUCAAUGUAGAGACGGGGGAGUCGAGCGUUGGGAUUAAGGCAUGUACUUAUCCUGUGGAGAUCCGUGGGGAGACUAUUUUCUUGAAGUAUCCGGAGGACCGUAUCAGUUUGAGGCAGCUGGAGCCGGUGACAGAGCAGGUCAAAUUUAAGAAGCCAGGGCAAACUCAAGAGACUGAGCUCUUGGAGAGCCUUCAGAAAAGUCUUGAAAUUUCCUCGAGGCCUGUAUUUUUGGAUGAUAGUGCGACGUUUUGUGAUUGGGCUGUUCAUAUUUUGAACACGUCUCAUCCGGAACACAAAAUCGAGCUCACGGUGCAUCUGUUCUCGAUCUUCACUGAGCGGGAAAUGUCGUCUUCACCAAUGGAAAUCGGCAGAGGCACGAUCACGCCUCCUGUCACACCACCACGAGAAAAUUUGAAUACCGUGAAGGCUACGGAAAUGCCGCGUUCGCGAGGAGGUGGAACGCUGAAAAGCCGGAUUACCAUGCUACACGCCCUAGCUAAUAUCGAAUUAUGGGCUAUCGACCUUGCCAUUGAUAUCUGCGUGCGGUUCUCGACUUUCCAUGCCGAAGAGACCGGAGAGGAACUACCGCGCGCCUUCUUCCAUGACUGGCUGAAGGUUGCCAGCGACGAAGCAAAGCAUUUUUCAUUCCUGCGCACUAGACUCGAGGAAAUGGGCUCUUUCUUUGGUGCUCUCCCCGUUCACCACGGCUUAUGGGAAUCUGCAACUGCAACCGCUCAUGAUCUCCGUGCUAGAAUCUGCAUCAUCGCGCUGGUGCACGAAGCUCGUGGUUUGGACGUUAAUCCUAUGACGAUCGAGAAAUUCCGCAAAGCAGGCGACAUUGACAGCGUCGGAGCUUUGGAAGUGAUCCACAACGACGAGAUUACCCAUGUCACCACUGGUCACCGAUGGCUAACAUGGAUCUGUGGCCAAGAAAGCACUGAUCCGGUUGAGGUUUUCCGUUCGAACGUCAAGGAGCAUUUCCGGAGUGGGCUAAAGGGCCCUUUCAAUACCGAAGCGCGGAUGCAGGCUGGUAUGGAUGAGCGGUACUAUGGGAAUUAUGGAAAGCAGCCGGCCAAUGUCAAGGUGGCUUAG